AAAACCCUAAAUGACGAAAUGACUCGCAUGUGGAGUCCACGGCAUAGUUUUCGGCUUCUCGGUAGGGAUGGAGGGAAUGGAGGGAAAAGGGGUACGCAACGCAACGGAGAAAGAGAGGGAAAAAACAGGGAGGACGAGGAGGGAAGAGGACAGACAGAGAGAAACACAGUUACUGGUCCCGCUAAUAAGCCUCAUUCCACGAUACGCGCGCGGGGAAGAUAAUUAUGGGCUUGCGCAGUGCGCUCGAGUCUUCGGACGGUGGUGGCAACGGUGGUGGCGGCGGCGGCGGUGGCGGCAGGGGUGGUAAAGUGAGAGGGUACCGGGUUGCCGAGAGGGUGGCCGAGGAGAAAUAAAGCCCCGAGCCCAGCCGGCGAAUGCGGCCGCGCGUACGGAUGCUGAAAUCUCGUUCCGCCCGCUCGUCGUCGUCGUCGUCGUCGUCGUCGUCGUCGUCGUCGUCGUCGUCGUCGUUCACGUCGUCCACGUCGUCGUCUUUCGCUACAUCACCUACGUCUACGUCCUCGUCGUUGUCGUGGUCCGGCGUGGUUGAACGGCCGCGACGGAAAACGUUCCCGCGGAAGGAAGAAAGAAGAGAGCGCGAGUCGAACGCGGAUUCGCGCGCGGGCAGAUACGCACGCGUGCGUGCGUGGGUGCGUGCAAGUGUUCGUGCGCGAGGGGGUGCGUGUGUGCUUUCGCGCGUGGCCGUCCCGGGGUGAAGGAGAAAAAAAGCCCCUCGGCGGGGCAGCUGGUGCGUCGUGCUACGCGUCGUGCGACACUCUCCGUCGACGAUGGCCCCGUUUCAACCCUAGAUAUAUUUAUAUAUAUAUCUGUUGUACACAUACACACGCAUCUCGCCUACAUCGCCUCGCGUGACGUUCUCACCCCGGAUAUGCCGAGGCAUGCGCCGUAAAAAUCCCGGGAUUGAUGUAUCGCAGGGCGCAGAUCUGCAUUUACUAUCUGCUAUGCAUAGCAGCAGUGAAUUAUACCUCCAACUUGGAGAUUACUACGACGAGAAGCCGGGACUGUCCAUCGGAAUGCAUAUGUUUAUCUCCAAAACAGGUACUCUGCAAUACAGGUGGUCUCGAGGACAUCCCGGCGCAGCUGCUGCCGGAGUCCGUGGAGGAGCUGUCUCUGACGAAGAACAACUUCCCGGUGAUAAAGGGUGACGCGUUCGCCGGUCUCCGGGUUCUACGUAAGCUCACCCUGGACGGCAAUAACAUUUCCUCCAUACGGCCGUUCGCGUUUCGCGGCCUGAACCGGCUGCGCGAGCUGUCGCGCGAGCUGUCGAUCCAGCACACGCCACUGCCGUGCAUCGAGAAGUUCUCGUUCGCCGCGCUACAGAACGUCUCGGUGCUGCUGCUGGCCAACAACAAGAUCCGCUACGUCGAGGGCUACUCGUUCGCCGGCACGUCGAACGUGAACGUGAUCUUGCUGAGCAACAAUCCGUUACUGACGAUCCACAGCCACGCGUUCGCCGGCCUCACCAAUGUUAACAAUCUCAUCUUCCCGUCCGGCAUCCGUACGAUCGAGCAGGAGGCCUUCGACGGCCUCCAGUACGUCGGUCUGCUCAAGCUCAGCUACAUGGACCUGUCCGGGCUGCAGGCCUACACCUUCCGCGGCCUGUCGCACGUGCACUCGAUCUACAUUCAGGAGAGCGAUCUCGGCGUGGUGCAGAGAAACGCGUUCGCCGGCCUCGCGCACGUCGGUCGUCUCAACGUGCUCAACAACAAGAUCGACCUGAUCGAGCGUCUACACCUGCGCCACGAAAAUUACAUCGAGAUCCUGCGUUUCCACGGUAAUCACGUGCUGGAGGCGCCGCGCCACGCCAGGGACGUCGUCCUCGAGGUGGACACGAUCAGCGCGAUCGAUAAUCACUUCCCUUGCGACUGCCAGGCGCACAACGUCCUCGAGAGCGACUUCGCCCGCGGCAACAGCGUCGAGUUUCAGCGCCGUAACUAUUGCAUCUCGCCGUUCGAGUACAACGGCAAGCCUAUGAACGUCGUCGACUUCGAUCUGGUCGCGCGAUGCCACGACAACGUGAUCCAGGACAAUCUGGGCUCGGGCGUCGUCGGCGUGUCCCGUUUCUCGGCGCUGCUGCUGAUCGUCUUCCUAUUCUCGACAAACUUCUUCCGAUGAGCGUGAGCUUCCAGCGCUUCCGCCGACUCCUCGACGUUCCGUUUACCGCGCUUGAAUCCUACAUAGAUGCGCUCGAGGCGAUGAGAGAACGAUUGAUAUAUUUGCGCGCUUACUGUACGGCUUGUGUGGUGCCGAGAGGUCUUCCAUCUUCGCCGUCUUCCUCGUGCAGCAAGGUUCUCGCAGUCCGGUAAAGUUGACGAAGCGAGAAGACGUCUCGUACCAAUUACAUUAGGUAUACUGUAUAGUAUCAUCACUGUAGAGUAUCGCAUCGAUCUUCUAUGACUUGAUGAUGUAAGAGGAAUUCACAUUAGAAAAAGAAGGGUAGUCCCGCGAUUCGAAAUAAUCGACAAGUUGCAAACUUCAACUAGGUCUACGAAGUUGUUGUUAUUAUUAGCAGAUAAAAUUUCGAUUCGCGGUACCAAAUUUAAUGUAAAUUUGUCCCGUCAGCAAUUUGUAGCAAAUUGAAUAGAAAUCCAAUUUUAAUUUCUAACAUUGUUGAUCGUAUAAUCCAAUCGUAAAAAGUUUUCCUUUCUCUUAUUCUUUUUUUUUGCUUGUUAGAAGAUACUUUUAAACUUCGAGAGAAAUUCUGUUCUUCUAUUUGUCCAAAUUAAUCGUCAUGUAUUUCACUGCGAACUAGUCUCGAGAAUGUAGAAGCCAAAUUUAUCAGCUGCUGCGUUUAAUUCAGUUUUACCAAGUGAAAUCAAUAUUCCAUCGUGGUAAAAACUCAUCCAGACAGGAUUAAGUGAGAGCUUUUUAUAGAUUGUUGUACGAUGUGAUAUUUCCCGUCGUUAACUGAGAAGAAUAUCAGCAUUGAAGGGAUACGGGAAUACAGAGUAUACAAAAAUUGAAAAAAA